UAUAAAUACGAGCUCUGUUCUGAAAUAUACUCAGACAUAUAUUUCAGUAUUACUUCAGAGUUUUCUUAACGUGGCAGUAUUCUUACCGGAUUAUAGUUCGAAAAUACACGUCUCAAAUCUUUUUUGUGAUAUUCUGUUAUACGACAUGACUUUCACUUUGACGGAAUAGCUUUACGGUCCUUACUUCAAAAAAAAAAAAAAAAAACAAACGAAAAUUUGAAAUUUUAGUUUUUUAAACACAUUUUGGUUAAAUCAUGUACAAAUAUCUUUAGGAAGGUAAAUUUUAUGUGAAACUUUGGAAGCAUUAAAAUGAUAGCAGGCCUCCGGAUCGUGAACACGGCGUCCAAGCCAAUACAGAUAAAAAGAAAUAUUGCUGGAUGUAUUAAGAAAAGAUGCUGUACCCUGCAAAUCCGUUGUCGGUCAUUAAGCAGCGAUGCAAAUAAAAAUAGCGAAUGCCAAGGUCGUGCUGCUGAAACAAACAAAAAGCUUCCAAAACAAUUUAAAUUCAUGUCUGUUGGACAUAUUUUGCUGGAUCACACGGCGCGACUGCCCAACAGUGAAAUUGGAAUACUGAAAAAGUUUAACGCUGUAGAAAAUACCAAAGGUAUCCUCGACAUGAAGUCUUUGCGAGAAUUAAAAAAGGAAGCUUGCAAGAGGGUGAAAUGCGUGGAGAGUCCUGGUGGCUCAGCGCUCAAUACGGUGCGACUGCUAACACAGUUGGGCAACAAUUCGCUAUUUAUUGGUCUAGUGGGCGACGAUGAAGCUGGAAAGAAAUUACGCAAAUACUUCAAAGAGCACAACAUUGAUGUGCGUCUAUUCACACACAAAGAAUUGCCGACCGGCGAAUGUUUAUCGAUCAUAAAUAAGGAUACUCACACUGAAACCCUUUACGCGAACAUUGGCGCCUCGGAAAGCAUCAGUGUGGAGCUUAUGCAGCAAGCCGAGAAAGAGGUACAGUUCCUGCGCCCGACCGAACGCAAGCAACUUAUAUAUGUGGAGGGCUUCAUCACACCGGGACGUAGAAAGUUGUGCGAGUAUAUGAUUAAAAACUAUGUGAGCGGUCGUCGUUGGUUGGCACUAAAUUUGAGUGCCGAAUUUAUUGUGCGCGAAAACUUCGAUGAUGUCAUGACAUACGCAUGCGCCGCAUACUUCAUCUUCGGCAAUGGCAAUGAAUUUUGUGCACUUGCCAAUAGAAUGGGUUUCGGCAACGAUUCGGAGAAGGCGAUCAGAAAACUAUUUGAUCAUCAUUGCGGUCCUCGCAUUCUGAUUAUUACAAAUGAUAAGAACAGCGUACUACUUGUAAGCAAUGUUGAGUAUGGAUCGGCUAAACCGGGUAAAAUAUUUUAUCGCGAAUGUAAGGUAGAUACUAUUCAUAAUGUUGUCGAUACGACUGGUGCGGGUGAUUCAUUCGUAGCCGGUUUUUUACAUGCCUUCCUGAAUAACUACAAACUUAAGGAUUGUGUUGCCGUGGGAUCUGCGGUGGCGGCCAAAGUGAUCACUACCAUCGGUUGCGAUCUGCCGCAAGAUUUCAACGUUAACGAAUUGACUGAUAAAAUGACAAAAAUGAAAUGAAGAUCGCGCCCGUGAUUUAAUAUAGAAUUUAUACGCUUUACUUAAAUAGAUGUACCGUUUUUGAAAGAUUUAAAGAAGUUGCUAUAAAAAUUAUUCAGAGCUCACGACGAGCUACGCUCAGUCAUUGCCAGCAGAAUAAAGUUUUGUUCGUGGAAUUAUUGUCUUCUUCAUGUAAA